UCUCUCACUUUCUUUCCCGUCAUCUCCAUUCCAGUCUCACUCGCACUCGCCCGUCACCGCCGCCGCCGCUGCCCAAUCUCCACUAGGCGACCUCUCUUCCCCACCUCCGUCGAGGCAGCCAACCACUCUCUUAGUCUUCCCCUUCACCAACAGCUUCACUCUCUCGCGCUCGUCUAUUACCCAGCGUGCCGCCGCCCCUCCUUGUCCCUCCGCCUGCAGUUCCUCGCUGCCCCAACACCGACAUACUAUGGCCCAGGUCCACUCGAGGGCGCCGCCCAUCCUAGACGCCGUCCAGUCCUACCUAGCCCCGAGUUCCUCCUCCACCCCCGUCCCUCUUCGUCACGUGUGGCGGCUUGUCCCUCAACUCUCUAGAUCCACGCGCUCCGAUGCCACACGAGAGGAAAGGGAUGGCAACACUGAAGAUUGGCGCAAGCGAGAAGAAAAGGAGAGGCUCCGUUGCCUCCAUCCAUGACCCUAUUCAUCGGGUGCGCUGACUGGUCUGACUCUGCUUCCUCCACCACAGCUCUACACCCUGACGCCUCUACCAGUUUCUCAACCAGUACAUCCUUCUCUUGCAGAUUCACCGAAGAGACGGUCAAGACUGUAGGAACAACUGAAAGAUUGAAUUGUAGUUCUCGGAGUGAUAUUUGUAUGAGCAGCGUCUUUCCCAUUGUAGGUCUAUCUACGUGGUAUCUUGAUAUGGAUGAUGUAUGGAUUGGCACCAGUGGUCGUCUGGGGGUGCCGAGUGCGUGUUCUCUAACGAGGUGUUGUCCCCACUGGGAAUUGCAUAGAGCAGUACAAUAAGGUCUAUGUGUUGUUGCAGCCGGUUUUAAGUAAUUGCUUAUGGCCUGCAAAUUUUGUGUGGUUUGGUUUUCCUUCCAUUCUAUGGCUUCUACAAUACGACAAGCUUCUAAAAUACGGCAUUUUUUCUACAAGUGAGUUCACUUUGUUGCUUGCUGCAAUCACUUGUGAGCCAUUCUGUUUUAGUGUAGGUUAAAUGGAGGUCGGCUACUAUAUAUAUCAAAGUUAAGACCUUAUUUAGUUUCAGAGAUAUAAUUCUCUAUAUGAUGGAUGGGUUAGUACAAGUAGACAAAUCGUACUGCUUACUGGGUGUACUUGAUUAAGUGAAUUGUGCGCUUUCUUAAAAUUUGUUUCUUAGCCUAUAAGGUGCUGAGGUGGUUUAUUAUGUGAUGGAUUUGAAUACCAUAUGUAGCAUAUAUGCAAAUUACACCAUAAUGACAUGCUGUGUUUUCCCAGGAUAACAAAUGAGCCUCUUUCUGGACUAAUUGGCAGGUUAUUUAAUGUGGCGCUGCUUCAAUCUGUAAAGCUAUUUGGUGACUAACAUGGAAAUUCUAUUCACCUUUACGAACAGAGACUACAUUAUACAAAGAAGGCAGCCGAAGAUUAUUGAGGAAGCACAAACUAUAAAGAUUUAUUACCUGACAAUGCCCUGGAUUUUUUCUUUGAACAAAAUAACAUUUUGUGUUUUCCAUUUGUAUAUUCUCUGCAACCAAAUGUGCCAGUGGAGUUUUGGACUCAUACUGUUGAAGCUGCUUUAACUGCUCCGAAGGUGAUAUAUUUGAUACUUUUACACAAUAUUGUAUGCUGUGAUUUAAGGUAUAGAUUUGAUGUUCUUAUGUUUUUCAUCUCAUUACACUGCCUAGCUAUUCCUCUAUUCUCCACACCAGUAUUGUAGGGACCAAGUCAUACAACCGUUUCUUACAUUAUACUAACGGAAAAUAUGCAAGCAAAUAUUCCAUUUAUUUGAGUGCAUUUCAAGAUUCCCAUUUACUUUUUGCCUAUUUGUAAAGUGGGGUUCAUUAGCUAUUUGGGAAACAGUUUCUAAGCAAACUACCCACUUGGUUUCUUGUACAAUAACAUCACAUAUUUGUUUUUUGUCCACUACACUUUCCAUACUAGAUAAGGUUUGGUAGGUUUUGAAAUCUUUGCAUUAGGAUAGUAAGAUAGUUAUCUCUAUGCAACCUUACCGCUUCAUAUUCUGUUUGUUUCCCACUUCGACCAAUGCUUCCAAGUUACAUAACAUUCAGAUUCAGGUAUGGUUUCUUUUCCCCAGUGUUUUAUUCAUUUUACAGUACAUUUUAUUCAUAUACAACAACUUGUUAGAAAGUUUUGGGUCAGGGGGUGGUAGCAGUAUGGCAGUACAAAUAUGAUGUAUUGCAUCCUGAACUAGAGAUUACAUGGGUUUUCAGUUAGCAUGUCAACUCAAGUAGGCUCAUUGAUCAAACUAUGUGGUUUAUCCGCCCUUGUCCAUAGUAAACACGCAGAAAAGAACCGCCAGUACACACUUGUUAACUUGUUAAGUGCACUACUAUAAUUUUAUGAAUGAAAUCAUACAUUGUUACUUAAACACAUAGGCAAUGAUAAUUAGUUUGUGUGGAAAAAUACAAUAGUGAUACAUGGAAUUUCUUAUAAAGAAGUCAAUAUAGUGAAAUGUUUGUAUCCUGUAGUCACAUCUUUCCAUCUCCAGUAAAACAUGACAUUGUGGUUCACUUCCUUAUGGAUUUUUACUUUGUGUAGGCGACUAUACUGGUUAACCCGAAGCCUUCGCUCAACAACGUGACAUGGAAUCCUGUUAUUGCCAAACUGAAAUGGGUAUAGAGUUCUACUAUCACUGAUCAGAUCAUGAGCGCAAGCCAGAGUAGCAGAAGACGGCGAGAGGAAGCUAAAGAGGCAAAACAUAGAGGAAAUAGCUGUGGAGAAGAAAGCAGGGAACUGGGUGGACCUAGGAGGGGGAGGGAGGCACAACGCUGACGACUAUGUUUGUUUUGGUAUACAUUUUACUUGGCCACGGAAAUGCUAAUGCCCUUUGGUCUGCCAUAAUGUACAACUAUGUAGUGUCAUGUAUUGUGUCUUCUUGGUACCAAAUUUCUUAUUAUGCUAUCGGUUAUUGUGUAGCUUGCACAUAAAUACUACUGUGCAUCAAUUCCUCUACAUUUUUGCUCUGAACAUUAAAGUGGUUUUUCAGUGAAGAUGAUAGUGUUAGACCGGCUGUUGCACGUUU